UUGCAGGGCCGAGUCGCAGGCCAAGUUGCAGGGCCGAAUCGGAGGCCCGGUGAACGCGUCGCGCGGUCUGGCGCUGCCCUGGCUGGCGGAGGAUGCGGAACUUCACAUGCCGCUAGCCACGCCUGGGAGUCUAAGAUGACGUUGCUCUGGCCCGCAGCUUUUCAACCCAACCGGGAUUUGACCGCGGAAGAAGGCGACCACGGCAAGACCACCACCGCGCAAGACCACCACCGCGACAGACCACCAUCGCGACAGACCACCGCCGCGACAGCCUACCGCCGCGUCCUCUCGCCGCCAACACGGACAAGCUUCUCUGCGCCGACCGCGUCCGCCCCCGGCCCUCGGCCCCCUCCGUCCCCCCCAUGGCGCGUCCUCGCAAGGACGUCAAGUUUGCACAUAGGAGUGCGAGCAAUGGCCGCGCGCGUCGCGCGUCGAUGAGCCUGUCGGACAUGUCGGAGGCGGGCUCGCAGCCCGCCAGCCCGACGCGCAACGGCGCCCUCGACAAGUGCGCGGCACCACCCGCCCCCGCGCAGACGGAGUAUGAGAAGAAAAAGGCAAACUUCAUCGUGCGCACGACGUGGACGCUCGUCAUGAUUGGCGGCUUCUUCUUCGCGCUCGGCGCGGGCCAUCUGUACAUCAUCGUCAUCAUCACGGCGGUGCAGGUCAUCUGCUUCAAGGAGGUCAUCGCCAUCGCCAACGUGCCCAGCAGGGCGCGCAGCCUGCGCUUCACCAAGUCGCUGAACUGGUACUUCCUGGGCACGGCCAUGUACUUUUUGUACGGCGAGAGCGUCAUCUACUACUUCAAGCACAUUCUGCUCGUCGACCGGAUCCUGCUGCCGCUGGCCACCCACCACCGGUUCAUCUCGUUUAUGCUGUACAUUAUCGGCUUCGUCUUCUUCGUCUUCUCGCUGCAAAAGGGCCACUACAAGUUCCAGUUCACGCAGUUCGCCUGGACGCACAUGGCCCUCUUCCUCAUCGUCGGCCAGGCCCACUUUGUCAUCAACAACAUCUUCGAGGGCUUCAUCUGGUUCAUCCUGCCCAUCAGCAUGGUCAUCACCAACGACAUCUUUGCCUACCUCUGCGGCAUCACCUUUGGCCGCCACCAGCUCAUCCAGAUCUCGCCCAAGAAGACGUGGGAGGGCUUCCUCGGCGCCUGGUUCUUCACCGUCAUCUGGGGCGUCGUGGCCACCCACUUCCUCGCCCAGUACAAGUUCUUCAUCUGCCCCGUCAACGACCUCGGCGCCAACAUCUUCAGCGGCCUCGAGUGCCGCCCGAACCCCGUCUUCGUCUCCAAAGUGUACACGGUGCCCUUUAUCCCCGAGGGCAUCCCCGCCUACCUGCCCAUCCCGCACAGGGUCGACGUCAUGCCCGUGCAGUUCCACAUGGUCAUCCUCGCCACCUUUGCCUCGCUCAUCGCCCCGUUUGGCGGCUUCUUCGCCUCGGGCCUCAAGCGCACCUUCAAGAUCAAGGACUUUGGCGACUCGAUCCCCGGCCACGGCGGCAUGACGGACCGCUUCGACUGCCAGUUCAUCAUGGGCUCCAUUGCAUUUUUCUACUACGCCAGCUUCAUCGCCACACACCACACCACCGUCGGCGGCGUCCUCGAGGCCGCCAUCACCGGCCUCACCCACGACGAGCAGUUUGAGGUGCUGCAGAUUUUGACCAAGAACUUGGUCAACCACGGCGUGAUUGCGCCAGAGGUUCUGGAGCAUCUCCACCAGGUGGUCAGGCGGUAGGCGCUGCGUUGCUGUUGCGGUAGGCGCUGCGUUGCUGUUUUGGUACACGCUCUUGUCGGGUAAUCGAGACAUGUGACCACGUCAACUGUACUGUACCGUGCUGUACUGUACUGUGCUGUACCGUGCUGUACCGUACUGUGCUGUAUCGUGCUGUGCUGUACUUACUGUACAGUACUAUGCUGUCUUGU